UUGGUUUGGAAAGUGCCACUGAAGAAAAGCACUUUUUGUUCGUAAAUGCAUUCAUAUCGUUCACAGACAAACAAUAGGGCGGGCUAGCAGACAGUUUCACAUGCAGUCUUGUACCCUUAUUUCAGUUGGUGAAAUGGCAUUAUAUAAAAUGUGCAAAGUAGUCUGUAUGGAAGGUAAUUAAUUCUGGCCAGGUCAGAGCUUGACAAGUUGGCACAAUGGUACACACACUAUGAAAACACAGACCGUUUCCUUUCUUUUAGUCAGCAUCAGACAGGAGUUAAAGUUAUGAUUUGUUUUGGAGUCAGACUUCCUUUUCACAAUAUAUUUGUAAAUGUAUUUUUAUUAUUAAGCUUUUUUUCACUUCUUGAAGAGGUCACGUUCACUAAUGACUCGCUGUGGUAAAACAUUGUAACAAUACGGGUUUUUGUUUGAGAGUAAUUUAGUGUUAUGGAAUGUCAAACACAAAGCUGAGGGACACCCGUGUCCUGUUUUUUCCUCUCUACCCAAUUAAAGUAGUUGAGAACAGCAUGCAUUUGUAUGAAUCCAUGGUUUCUGUAUUUGAUUUACUCAGAAUGCAAACUUCGCUAAUAGCUCUUUGCUUAUUUAAGCCUCUAUUGCACACAGGCAAAUGGUAGAUUGCAGUAACAUGUUGUCCAUACGUAUAGCGUUAAUAAGUCAAUCGUUCAAUCAUGCAGGUGUGAAUGCCCUCUGAAUUGUUAAACAUGCAGACAAUUAUUGAUGUUAUUGUUAUCGUCUCAUUCACAUACCUUUAUUAAUAACAUUAAUUGGACUGAUGAUAGCAUCCACAUUUCGGUCUGACCAGCGAAAAACAUUUUCAUUUUAGAUUCAUUUCAAAGAAUUUUUGAAAUAUGAGAAACAAGCAUGUUCUUGAUGAUAGUGGCCUGCCUGCCAAGUAACAGUUAACACAACGGAUCACUAAAUGAAUGUAAAAGUAAGGAACUUCCUGUUAACCGAGCUGUUGAUAAACGUCAAUUGCCCACCUGGAACAAACUGUACCUCCUCCAUUAUUCAUCAUAAAAAACAAAGCAAACACAUUACAUUUCCUGACAUUUUAUGUUAAUUCAGAACCGAUAGAGCGCAGCAUGUUGUGCAAAAUAUACAGCAUUCACUGAGUCCAGAAAGGAAUCAAGACUGAGAGAGGUGUACAUAGUCGGUCCAAAACAAGUCACUGUUCCCAGGAUAAAGGAAUCAAAAAUUUAAAUAGAAGAGGAACCCAAAUCAUGGUACGCUAUUUUUGUUUUGAGAAACUACAGGGUCUCCCUCAGGCAAGGGUCUCAGCAAGUGAAAGUGAAAUGGUUUCUCAUUCUCAUAUGUGAUAUUUUGAUGACUGGAUACACACUUGGAUGGACCUACCAUUACAGCAAUACAACCAUGGACUGGGCCACAGCAAGGCAAUGGUGCAACACUACUUACACAGACUUAGUUGCCAUUCAGAACCAGAAUGAAAUCAGUUACCUUAAUAAAACCCUUCCCCAAAAAAAGGACUAUUACUGGAUUGGAAUUCGGAAGAUAAAUGGCACCUGGACAUGGAUUGGAACAAAUGAGAAAAUAGCGGAAAAAGAUGGACACUGGGCUGAAAAGGAACCCAACAAUAAACUACUUGAAGAUUGUGUGGAAAUAUACAUCAAAAGACACAAAGAUGAGGGUAAAUGGAACGAUGAAAAUUGCGGAAAACAAAAACAUCCCUUGUGCUUCAAAGCUCACUGUAAUGCAACAACAUGCAGCAAUGCAGGGGAAUGCACAGAAACUAUUAACAACUACACGUGCAAAUGUGCCCCAGGGUUCAAAGGACCUCAUUGCCAAGAUGCUGUUCAGUGUGAAAGACCUGUAAUACCCCAGCACGGCUGGAUGGACUGCAAUGGUCCCCACGGAAACCACAGCUACAUGUCAACGUGCAAGUUUCACUGCGCUGAGGGCUUCUCUCUGCAGGGUCAGCCGGAACGCAACUGCAGCGCAUCAGGAGAAUGGACAGGAUCCACACCAGUAUGUAAAGGUGUGGAUUGCAAAGGUCCUUCUGAACCGAAGGAUGGAUAUGUGAACUGCUCUGGAUCAUCUACCACUUCAAGUUUAGCCUGUGAAUUUAGCUGUUCUAAGGGCUUUCUGUUACUGGGACCAAAAAAGGUCACAUGCAAUCCUGCAGGCCUCUGGACUGGAAAGAGCCCAUUUUGUGCAAGCUUUAUGUAUGUCGCAGCGGCUUUUGCUGGGACCACCAUCCUCUCAACAUCCUGUUUCUUAUUUUUCUGUUUGAUGCAUUGCAGAAAAAGAAAGAAGACUGUACAAAAACGACUUCCAGAGGAAGACAGACCACAACCUGAUGAAGAACCUGAAGAUGUGUCUAACUGCAUGGAAGAGGAGAAUUGGGAGGAAGUCUAAGACCUGCUGGACUGAGCACAAUGAAACAUUACUGAUUGUAUACAUUGAUGCAAACAAAACUUUUAUGUCCUAAUACAUUCCUGGGAAAACAGUGGUAGUGUGUACUUGAUGAAAAAAAAUAUUGUUCAUUAAAAAGUAAUUAAAGCUUAUAGGUACCAUUUGUAGAGGUAUCCUUCUUUAUUAUUUCCUUGUAAUUUUAUCUUAGAAAAGGUUCUUUUUGGAUGGAGUGUGAAGUUGUAAAUAAGUGUGAUAUAUGUAAAGUUAGACUCUGUGGUCCAGAUAAGGCAAGGGAAGGAAUUGGCCAGUGCCAAAAUCACAGUAAAAUUUACGUUCUUGCACUUAUCAAUACAAGGGAGGAUCUCACUCAUCCUUCCUGAAACACAAUUCAAAUAGAAGCAUGAAAGCUGAGCAGUUUGAAUAUGCUCAUACUAUAAAAAGUGUCCAGCACACAGUUUUUGAUUCACAAUUUAAUUACAGGUGUUUCUGUGUGUCAUAAAGUCUUAGGGGUGGCUUAGUUGUUGUAUGGAUUGGCUAUUUGUAUGAAAUAUGUCUGUAUUUAUCAUUCUGUAAAUAUUGCCCUGUAAACUUGUGUGAAUAAAACCCAAAUCUUUUUACUGUG